AUGACAAAAGUCGGAGAUACUUACCUUCUAUCAGCCGGAGUGGAUUUUGAAGAAGCAGCAGGGAAAUGGAGAGGCGGUGAUGCCGUCAAGUCUAUGCGGUUCUUCUCCAGGGCCUCCGACGUCUAUGAUCAAGGACUGAGGAAGUUUCCCCAGAGUCUGGACCUCGCAUAUAACAAAGCGAGAGUCUUGCUGGAAAUUGCGACCCAUCCCAUUCUUAUAAACCAACUGAAUACUCCCCUCCUGGAGGUGUUGCAGCAGGCAUUGGAUGCUCACCGAUAUGCCCUCAGCCUCGACCAGGACAACCCAGACACGCUUUUCAACACUGCCCAAGUUCUGACAGCUAUCGCUGAAGCAUACGCAAAAGACCCAGAACGCGCCGACCAAGAUGCAUUGCAGCCACUAGAAGAAGCGCUGGAGCUUCAGGACCGGUGUCUAGCUCUGCAAGAACUCAAAUUGGAGGAAUCGCUCCAAGAACGGAGAGAAGCGGCCACUCACAUAGAAGCCGAUAAUGAAGACUCAGGGGCUACCGGACCUGAGGCUCCUACGCCUACGGAAAUGGGCAUCCCUUCAACGACUGGUACUGAAGACCAGUGGUUUUCGAUUGUGGAGCCGGUAACUAAGGAUACUCUCGUUGACACCAUUCUUGCAGAACUCGGGACCCUCACGACAUUAUGUAGCAUUUUGAGCUCGUCUCCAGCCGCCGCUCCUAGUUCCAGCCUCGGUUGGAUUGAGGAGUUCUCCUCCAAGUUAGUCCAAGCCAAAUUGCCAUUCCUUAUUCAGGAUGCAGAGCCAGAAAAGCUGCAAGAAGUUGCUCUAGCCAAGGCCAACUUUUCCAGCGCACUACUUGAAGCAGGCUACAGGUCUGGAGCAAUCGAAUCAAGCACGUACAAGCGCGAACGAGACGAUGCUUUUCGGCCUCCAGAAUUGGACUUGGAAAGAAACUUUUCAGCCCUCCUGGCCAACGCUAAUAGUCUUGUUGCAUUCAACAGUGCUCUUGCGGAUGGUGAUGCAUCCACUGCUGCUUCCCAGGCACCGCAAAGAUGGAACGCAUUAUCUGCAGCAAUUGCCAACAUGGCCACUGCGUCAAAGAUCCCUGGAUCUAUUCCAGACGAUAUUGCAGAGACUCAUUUUGUCCGUGGAAAUUGCUCACUCUUGCAACAUAAAUUGAGUCAGCCACCGGCGUCCUACCAGCCAGCUAUUGCGAAUGCCGGUCAGCUACUCAAAAACGCAGAUGUCUUCUACCGAAAUGCAUCCAAAUUGUAUCAGGAUGAUGAGCAUAGGGCGAUUUCUCAGCUCCGAGCCAUUGUUUCCCAGUCCUUGCAAUCUAGCAACUAUACUUUGUCAGCAGCCACCGCCAAUGUACAGGGAAGAGGUAGAGAAUGGGUCACAAGCCAGAUCGAAGACAUGAUAGAUGAAGGACUUGUAUCACUGCCAUCCUCCUCUGUUUGA